AUGACAGAAUUCAAAGAAGACAUGAUGAAGACAUUUGAAAUGACGGACCUUGGCUUGAUGAACUACUUCCUUGGUAUUGAGGUAAGUCAAAAGGAGAAAGGGAUAUUCAUUUGUCAAAAGAAAUACACUGAAGCUCUCUUGAAGAAGUUUAAGAUGAGUGGUUGCAAGACUGUCACUACUCCGCUUGUGACAAAGGAGAAGCUACAGAAAGAUGAUGGAGCACCAGAUGCUGAUGCAUCUCGCUAUAGAAGUUUGAUUGGAAGCUUACUAUAUUUAACAGCCACACGACCAGACAUAAUGUAUGCUGUAAGCCUUUUAUCAAGGUUUAUGCAAAAACCAAGCCAAAUUCACUUUGGAGCAGCUAAAAGAAUUCUAAGAUACCUACAAGGCACGAAGGAGUUUGGUAUUUGGUACAAAACAAUGACCAAUUCAAGUUUGCUCGGAUACACCGACAGUGAUUGGGCAGGAUCGGUAGAUGACAUGAAGAGCACCUCUGGUUAUGCCUUCUCACUUGGAUCAGGAAUAUUUUCUUGGGCAUCAAAAAAGCAAGCAACAGUUGCACAAUCAACUGCAGAGGCAGAAUAUGUUGCAGCGACUGAAGCUACAAGUCAAGCAAUUUGA